AUGGAGCACAUGGCGGCCGCCGCGCCGGCGUCGACGUGGGAGCAGCUUGUUGUGAAGGCGAUGCGCGAAGGCAACGCGGGGUUGCUGAGCUGCGUCCGCGGCAUGCACCUACCUCUUCCGACUCGGCAGCAGGUGCAGCAGUGGGCGGAGUACACCACCGAGGUCGUAGUGGGCGCGGGCAGGAAGCGCUCCCCGGAGGCGCCCAGCAGGGCUGAGGAGUCGGUGAGCCCCUCCUCGAGGAGCGCGGGCAUGAGGCGUGCGGCAGGAAGUUCGAUACGGCGUCAGGCCUUGAAUGCAGCCGCGAGUUCAGCAGCGGAAGGUGUCUUUCCUUACGCAGAUUCGAACGACGUGAACGACGGAGCUGCGGAGGCAUCGAGUGUGAACUCGGAAAGGGCGCGAGAGGCGAUGCCGAUUUCGUGGAAGCGGGUGGGUAUGAUUGCCGCCUAUCGCGAGAUGGCAGUCCACCAGUUCCGCGCCAGCUGGGUGGCGCUGCUGAACAGUUCCGUAUCGAUUGUGAUGGCGUAUUACUACCUCCCGUUGAUUCUCGAAGCGUUCCUGUGGCUGCAGUGUGUCACUUUCGAAAUGCGGUCGAACCAGUAUCGUAGCGAGAUCACCAUCCCUAUGAGGGGCGCCACCGUGAGGUGCGACUCUGCCGAGUACCAGGUGAUGCGACGGCUUGCGAUUGCGAUGCUUGUGGUGUACGGCUUUUGCUACCCGCUGGGACACAUCGUCGUCUCCCUUAUUCUGCAGCGGCGCUACGGUGUAGACGUGACGUACGCCUCGCUGCCGGUGAUCUUCUUUGGCGACUCCACCUUCGACUACCUCAUCUCCAUCGGCUACCUCCUGACCAAGCUUAUCGCCGUCAUCGCGGUGACGCAGGCGGCGUCCCCGAUGCUGCAGAUGGGUGUGCUGGCGACGCUUUUUGCGCUCACCAUUUUCCUCAACAGUAUGUGGAGCAUCAGUGGGCAGUCGGUCAUGCUGAAAAGCAAGUACCUGACCGUCACGCUGCGCAGUGUGCUGACGGCGUCGCGGGUGGUGUUCCUGAUGGUGUGCCACGUGCUGCUCCUCUUGAUCUACCUUAUUGUCUCUGGCUUCGACUUGUCCGCGUCAGGUGAGCGCGGCUUUGUGGCGAUAGUUAGCUUGGGCAUCGGCCUCGUCUUCGCCAUGUUUACCGCCGUGUCGCUGCACCAAAUCAUCAUGCACCUCCGUCACGCCUGGAACUAUUCGGACACCGUUGCGAAACGAGACCACGAAGGGCAGCUGCUCUUAGAGGCGUUGGUGCGUCGCUACCUUGACAUGGAUCGCACGAUCGAGCUCUACCUGCAGGUGUGCGAGCGCGGACUCGCAGCGGCGCAGCGGCUGGACACGUUGUCCUCGUACCGGCACCUUCCCCACAACGGUGACGCCGUCGACGCAGCCAUUGCGGCGGACGACAAUCUUCCCUCCUUUUCCAGCUUCAGUGGCGACGGCGACCAAAGUGGGGCGAACUCGACGAACUCUUCAUCGUUAGAAGGGGAGCCAAAUCGAGCGAGUGCGACGCAGUCAACAAACACGUCUGCCGCUGCUGCCGAGGAGGACGAAGAGGGACCCGAGGCGUUGACCCGCUUCUCCCCGUACCCGGCACUCACACCGAAAGAGCUUCCUGCGCUAUCGCCGACACCCCCGUCCGCCACGACAACAUCGAGAGCAACCGCAAGAAAGACAGCCACCACAACCGCGAAGGCGUCGUCGAAGGCACCGCCGCGGCGCACCGCUACAUAUCUGUCCGCCGCCUUCCGCGCAUCGAGUGCGCGGUCGGCAGCGAGCGCGGAGUCUUUCUCUGCGGCCUCCUCAUCACAACAGCAACAGCAAAAGAAAUGUGUUGGCGACCCCACCGCACCGCUGUCCGCGCUUCCACGCGACGUGAAUUACCCUGCCGAGGCCGAGUUUGUCACUCCAGUGGAAGGCAAUCCCAACUGGGUCAGCGCGCCCAGUCAAGGUGUAACGGGGCUGGUGAAGGCUGGCGACGACGCUGGUCCCCCUACUCCGAACAACGGUGAUAAGACGAGUGGCGACGGCCGCGCAGCAGCAGCGCGAGCAAAUACCGGAGCUGGUACACCGUUGUCGUUGUCGGACUACGCGGCCACAGCUGCAGGAACGGCAGCCGGGGCGGCAUCCACAAAGCCUUCGGCAGGCGGAGCGCACGCUGAGGACGCCAGCGACGCGAUCCCCGCACCCACACUCCUUAAGGCGUCUCCUGACACUUUCUCCGGCGACUUUGCCGAGGUGCAGACGCCCAUCUCACAGCCCCCGUUGAAGCGCAGCAACAGCCUGCUCUUGAGUAUUCGUUGCCUUGACCCAAACUACGCCGCCCAAGCCCAGACGACCCGUGACGAACUCGUGGAGGAAAGCAGAGCUGUCGCGACCGCCGAGUAUGAGAAGGAGCGCAAACAGUCGCAGCAACUUAGCGGUGCGCGGGCUGACCGCAAUAAAUCGACGGCCGUCGCAAACAAGAGUAGUAGGAGCGUGGAUGGUGCGGUAUCGCGCGUCUCGGGCAACGAGGCAAAGCAGCCGCCACAGCAACGCUCGGCAAAUGCACCAGAGGCUGUCGUGACGAUCGAAAGUCUUGUGCCCGCGGUGGAGCUGGAUCUGGCCACCUCGUUUGAUCCUCUGGCGGUGCCACCGCUGCCGCUGACACGUGCACUGUCGCGGUUGCGGCCCAUCCAGUCCUCGCCGUUGGUGGCGGGCUCUACCGCCAUCACCGCCACGCGAGAGUCAAGGCGGAGUUUGCUGGCAGACUUGCAGAGCGACUUGGAGUCGGAGCUGCGGCAGAUUCAAGCGAUGCCGCUGCGUGACUCUCUCCUCGACGUGGACCUGGGCCAGCUGGCGAGCACGCCGUCGCUGCUGCACAACGUACAUCCCAUCAGUUUCUGGGCCGGAACCACCGCGCUAGAGCCACUCGGCAGCGCGUCGCCGCUCUCCGGCGCGAGCAAGAGUCGCGUCAACCACACCGCAACAGGUAGAGGCGGUGCCGCCCAAGCAUCCGGAACGACGCUCUUCAGCAGCAAGUCUUUCCCAGACGAAAACACAAAUGAAGCGGCCUCAGCGAGCCCUCUUCAAAGACCUGGCCCCGACACGCGAACGCACUCAGGGAAUCCACUAUUGAAUGCUGACAUCGCCACCGCAGCGGCAGCAGCACCAUCAACUGGAUCUGCUGCGUCUCUCAAGAGAAAAGAUGCGCCGAUGCCACGUCCGGGACUCGCCAGUGGCGAUCGCAGCGACGACGUGCCUGCGGACAGUGAUGCGGCAACAUCUCCGCCUGCCGUGCCGCCCCUUCCACGCUUCGAAGCCCCGCGCAUCCACACACACACCUCCCACCGCACCGUUGUGGAGUACAUGCGGCGCCGCGCCGCGCGGGCGUGUCGCGCGCAGCGUUCACGCUAUGGAAAGCAGAACGUCCAGCGCAGUCGAACGCCCAAAGCCGGUGUCGACAUACCGCGUAUACCGCAGGACUCAAAGAGCCUCAACUCCACUGACACAAAACCAAGGUCCGAGUAA